AUGGACCAGCAACUCCGCGAGAUCGAGGGCCUGCUGGAAACGAGUGCACAUCCAGAUUCCGAAGACCUUCCCACAAAAAUCAAAAAGUACGUCAAGCUCGUCCUACCACAUGUGGCCCUCGUUGCCGUUGUUUGUUUGUAUGCAGUGAUCGGCGCAUAUAUUUUUUACCGACUUGAAUCACCUAACGAAGAUCGGCUCAAAUCUGUUGGCAAGGCGUUGAUUGGUGACAUGCGGAACAAUUUGAUAGCGAUGAUUAGAGACGGAAGAGGCAGUAAGGAGGUGUGGAAAGACUCUAUUGAAGGAGAAUUGUACCGGUUCAAUGAUAAAAUUUACAAAGCAUUCAAAGAACAAUAUGUACGAUAUGCCGACGUGCGUAUAACUCCCAAUCAGGAAUUGUCGCUACGAGUUGAUGAUUCGGACCGCCCUAAAAGACACAGGGCUACUCGUAGUCGCUUCCCUUGGGCUUCACAUCCCAUUGCUUCAUAUAUCGAGCUCUUCGUAGCACGUGGCCAUACCGUACUUGAGCAUCCAUGUGAAGCUGAACUGGAGCUGUUUGUAGAACUGUUCCGAAGUCUUAGUUUCUGA